AUGGUGGGGUGUGACGAAGCAGUCCCCGAGUGCACUCAAUGCCAGCGAUACGGCCGUACCUGUCCGGGAUAUCGUCGCACAUUUCGCUUUCAAGAUGAGGGCCCCAGUUUGGCUCGACGCCAUCGAGAUCCACGACGGCGCGGCCGCGGGGCUUCAACGGGGCCCACCACGCCAAGCACAGUGGCUUCGGCUUCAACAUCGUCCUCACAGCGAGAGCCUCUUGAUUCUGUCGACAGCUUCGGCUCUGUCGUCGACUACGACGCUGGCGUCGCUGCAAUUGUGCGCGAUAAUGCCAUAGCUCUGAUGCGCCGACAUUCCGCCUCCGUCUCACUCGAUGAAAGUGUCUCGCCGUCUCUGGUGCGCAAAACAUUCCAAGCAGCGCAACCACAAUUAUUUUUGGAUUUUAUCAGCGCCUCAUUUCCUACACUUUAUUUUCACAAUCACUUUCGUGCUGGCAAUGAGCCAGGGUUCGCUGAAUUCAUCGUGCUGAAUUUCGGCCAGGAUGCCUUCAUGGAUUCCGCUAUCUGCUGCUUGAGCUCUGUGUAUCUCGCCCAUCUCACCCAAGACCCAGUUCUUCUUAGAACAAGUCGGCGCAUGUAUGGUCUUUCUUUACAGGCAGUUGUUCGCGCGCUGAAUAAUCCCGACCGUGCUAUGUCCGACAAUAUGGUUUGUACGGCCAUGAUGCUGAGCGUGUUCGAGAUGUACGCGCAAACCAGCCCCGGUGCAUGGGUGAUCCAUUCAGACGCUGUCAAGCGACUGAUGAUGAGCCGUGGACCUGCACUUCAUAAAUCUGGAUUUGGACGGUCAUGUUACAUCGCAUUUCGGGGCUUUCAUGUCGCAACGGCUGUCUAUCAAGGCACACCCUGCUUUCUGGAUCAGGGGGAGUGGCAGAACUAUGCCCGGAGAAUUAUGGCCGAGGAUGCACAGAAGCCCGGUGAGUGGUCUGCCUAUGCAGUGACCUCGGACGAGGUCUUUAUGGAGAUUGUCAAAUGUCCGCGAUAUAUCAGUGAAUCUCAAGACAUCCUGUCUGGUCGGACUGAAUGGGAAGACGAUAGUGUUGAAGCGCUUCAGCAACGCAUCCAAAACACGUCUCGAACGCUCCAUAAUCUCAAUAUCAAGCUUCGUGCUUGUAUUAGCGCCCAUGGUCAGCGCCAGCAAGGCAUUGUGCGACGACCGGAGAGUUUUGUUGGGCCUGUGCCUGAAAUCUUUCCAGAGACGGGCCCCUCCUUGCUUCUCCGGGGAUCGGAAAGCAUUAUUGAAACACUUGGUCAGCUUCAUGACCGCAUCGAAGAUCAGAAGCGCAGUCGCACUAUCGAAGAACUUUCACCGGAUUCUCUAAUAGCAACACCGAGCGAUGCCAGUGUGGACACUCCAUCGCCCCCGGCUACGAAUCCGAGGACUUUCGCCCUUCCUUUCCGUAUAUACUCCGAACUCGGUCGAGGCCCUUCUCAAACCACUGAUAGGAAUGAUCCACGCGCCGUGAUUUGGCUAGACCGCGUUGCUUCCUCGAUGGGGAUGAUGGGUGUCAAGCUGUUGACUGAUUCCGUUGCGUGUCUUGAAGAAGACACCUCUGCCGAGACAUCCGAGUCCUCAUCGCGCUGA